CACUACAAGUAAGCUAAUACCACAGCAUAUUAAAAGUUACUAAUAUGGCGGCCUCUAAACUAGAAAUCAAUUUUCGGCGACUUUUAGAACGUUGCGAAGCCAUGGCGGAGGAAAUUCAAGACAACAAAGAGAACUUAAACUGGAGAUUAGAUCGGUAUGUAUCAACCCUCCAGAGACAAGUCACUGAACUACAGAAAUCAAGCAACAAACCAAAUCCUGAUGCAAUGAAUGAGUACAGAAAGAAGGUGGAAUUUCUGAAAGGCCUCAUUGAAACUCACAAAGUGAAAUCACCAACUGAGAAGCUGAUUGCCAGCCAGCAGCUGGUGAGACCCUUGAGUCAGCCGCUCAACCAAAAUUCUCAGGUAGAUGGCAAAGGGGGGCCAUCUAAUAAAGGACAAGAACUACUUAUCAAGACAAAAUCACAGAUAAACAGAGAAAUGAGAAAUGAACUGCUAGGAAAUGACAUUGAUAAGAAAGGUCUUGUAGGCCUACGAAAGAGGCCGACAGGCGAUAAAAGAGAAAACAAAGAUGGCAGCAUAGACACAGUGUUACAACAUCACCAGAAUAUGCAGGAAAAUAUUGCAGAGGAAAUGAUCAAAAUGGCACAGAGCUUGAAGCAUACUUCAGUCAGGGCCAGUAAUAUUAUAAAAGAGGAUUCUAAGACACUGGAGAAUUCAACAAAACUUGCAGACAACAAUUUCGAAAAACUGAGAAAAGAGUCGGAAAGACUUGAAGAGUUGACGCAGACACCUUGCUCCAUGUGGCUUUGGAUAAUGAUAAUAACAGUUUGUGUUGUAUUUAUGUGGAUGAUAAUGUUUAUAAGACUUUUUCCAAAGAAAUAUUGAUGAGAAUUAUUAUGGAAAUAUGAAUAUAAAAUGCAACCUUAUUGAUAACCUACGUGUAACCGUACCCCUCCCCUAGAGGAGAAACGUUUCUCCUCGGGGGAGGGGGAAAUACUUUACUGGCCCUUGUCAUAAUUUGAUCACGUGACCUUGUCGAUGAAUAAGACAAUAGAGUUAAUGUUGGCGAGGUUUAAUAUGUUUUGGGCCAGAGUCAAAGUCAUUUUACCCCGAACUGUCAGGCGAGGGUUAAAAUUGACUGUGAGAGGGUCCCAAAGUAUAUUUCUAUCAUCAUUACUUUGGAGGGUACAGUAAAGAUAAAAACUGGAAAAAAAUGACAGGGAAACAGUCUAAACAAUCACGUGAACGUGGGAGCGGUUAAAAUACUUUCUAGCUGGCUAAAAUCUCUAUUUUAGCCCGCAACAAGCAUCACAAUGCCCGACGAUGUGAUAGUAAUAAGAAAUGGACGUCGUAGGAAGUAGAUAUCAGAAACGAAAGAGCGAAGAAGAGAUGCAACAUUUAAAGUUCAAAUUUUGAUAAACUGUGUGCAGUGUGCGUUUGUGCAUGUAACUUAUGUUGCAAUUGUUGCAGUAGGUAAUUUUUAACCUCUAAGAAUGUGACCGUGGUGCGUAACAUGUGAAUGAAGUGUCGAGUUCAAAGUUAAAACGUGAAUAAACAACUGUUGAGGUUUCCUUGCUAAAAGGACGUGAAAGUUAGCGAUAGCAUGUUUUUGUUCUGUUUGGACGCCUAAGAAUUGUAUUAAGUUUUAAAACGCACUUGCUGCGCUAUUGAGUUGCUCAUUAAAUGUUUUG